AUGACAAGAUUUCGACCCUGCAUUGACCUCCACGCUGGCCAGGUUAAGCAGAUCGUCGGAGGUACCCUUGACAGUACUUCUGCCGCUCUGCAAACAAACUAUGUCUCUCAACACCCCCCUGCUCACUUCGCUCAGCUCUACCGGGACAAUGAGCUUCAUGGUGCCCAUGUUAUUAUGCUAGGACCCGGCAACGACGGACCAGCUAAAGAGGCUCUGCAAGCAUGGCCUGGGGGUCUCCAAGUCGGAGGCGGCAUCAACGAUAAGAACGCAAAAGAAUGGAUGGAUGCGGGAGCCGAGAAGGUCAUUAUUACCUCGUACCUAUUUCCGGAGGGCAAAUUUAGUCAGGAAAGACUCGAUGCGGUGUUGGAAACUCUUGGUGGUGAUAAGAACAAGCUUGUCAUUGACCUCAGUUGCCGUCGUCGUGGAGAGGACUCUUGGUUUGUGGCCAUGAACAAAUGGCAGACAAUCACGGACAUGGAAGUCAACCAAGAAUCUAUCAAAAUAUUGGAGCCUUACUGUUCCGAGUUCUUGAUCCAUGCCGCAGACAACGAGGGUCUUCAGAAGGGAGUCGAUGAGAAGCUAGUGGAACGACUUUCCCAAUGGUGUUCUAUCCCAGUCACUUAUGCAGGGGGUGGUAGACAUCUUGAAGACUUGGAAAAUGUAAAGAGGCUCAGCAACGGCAAGGUGGAUCUGACUAUCGGAAGCGCCUUGGAUUGUUUUGGAGGUUCGGGUGUCAAGUUUGACGAUUGCGUCGCUUGGAACAAGAAGCAAAACAACUAG